AUGGGUUGUAGGGAUGGCAUAACAGAAGGACAGAAGGACUCUGCCCUGGAGGGCUUCAAUGUUGCGUUUAGGCAGUCUGUUCAUGUUGGCUACAAGUGGGGCCUUGUUCGUGGGGUUACAGGUGCGCUAGCUACUCUUCCUGACAGCUUGAAAGAAAAACUGCUGCCCAAUGUCCAGUGCAGAGGAAAAUUACAGGAUCUACACAACUCUGUGCAAGAAAUUUCUGCAGACGACGCACUUCAGAUGUUUCAUGAUAGCAUUCGUCAGAAUAAUCAUCCUUUAGGAGAACCACAUGUAACUUCAGGAGAAGAUGGAGCUGCAGAUUCUAAUAGGCUGAAAAACCUAUCGAAGGAUCUUGCAUUGUUGUUGCAUGAAUGCCUGGGUAUUAAAGUACACUGUGUCAGUGAUGGUCUGCUUCUACUACAAGUUCACAACGGGUUGGUGGUUGGAUCAGCAAGAUGAGCGUGGCCCUCUUUCAGUUUGUAUCAGGUUGGUGGGAGCAUCAAACCUUGUAUCCGUUGUGACUUAGU